AUGAGACUCAAGAACCAGAGUACUGUGUCUGAAUUUCUUCUGCUGGGGCUCCCCAUCAGACCAGAGCAGUGGGGCAUCUUCUUCACCCUAUUCCUGACCAUGUACCUAAUCACAGUGCUGGGGAACCUGCUCAUCAUCCUGCUCAUCAGGCUGGACUCUCACCUCCACACCCCCAUGUACUUUUUCCUCAGCCACUUGGCCUUCACAGACAUUUCCUUUUCAUCUGUCACUGUCCCAAAGAUGUUAACCAAAGUGCAGAAUCAGUACACAGCCAUCACCUAUGAGGGUGUUUCGCAGACACACUGUUUUAUAUUCCUUGCUGACCUGGAGUUCCUUAUCACUUUGAUGGCAUGUGACAGGUAUGUGGCCAUCUGUCAUCCCCUUCGUUACACCACCAUCAUGAGUCAGAGCCUUUGUGCCAUGCUAGUAGCUGUGUCCUGGGUCAUAGCUUCUACUUGUGCUCUUUUGCACACUCUCCUCCUAGCCCAGCUUUCCUUCUGUGCUGACUACACUGUCCCCCACUUCUUCUGUGAUCUGGGUGCUCUCCUCAAGUUGUCCUGCUCUGACACAUCCAUCAACCAAUUGGUAAUCUUCACAGCAGGUUUGGCAGCCAUUAUGCUUCCAUUUCUAUGCAUCCUCAUUUCUUAUGGCUGUAUUGGGUUCACCAUUCUUCAGGUUCCCUCAACCAAGGGCAUCUGCAAAGCUUUGUCCACUUGUGGGUCCCACCUCUCAGUGGUGGCUCUCUACUAUGGGGCAAUUAUUGGCCUCUAUUUUCUGCCCCCAUCCAAUAGUACCAAUGACAAUAAUAUAAUUGCUUCAGUGAUGUACACAGUAAUCACUCCCAUGAUGAACCCUUUUAUUUAUAGCCUGAGAAAUAAAGACAUGAAAGGGGCUUUCAGAAAACUCUGGAGCAGAACGACAGGUUUUUCCAACUGA